CUAUAAAUACGCUGCCGACAUCCGAUGGUAAGGAUCAAAAGUGGAGGAAGGUUUCUGCUGUUGGUUUCGCUCCGCCAGGCAAAUCAUUUUUCAAACUGGUCGGAUCCGUACACUCACCUGUGUGUGUGUGUGUGUGUGUGACUGUGUGAUUUUUUAUUUUGUUGCUGUUGUUAACGUUGUUGUUGCUGCCCGCUUGCACCAUGUAUUUGGAAGUGGCGCUCCUGACAGUGUGCCUCUACGACGCGGUGAGCUCCAUCCAUUCCAACGCCAUCAAGACGGGAGACAUUCACAGCGCCGGCCACCCUGCCACUGCCGCCACGCAGGUCUCUGCAGCCAAGAACAACUCCAGCCAACCCAUCCAGGUGGUCGUCUGCCGCGGAGAUCGGGAUUGCUUAGUGGGCCAGUUUUGUCCCGUUGGCCGCUCUGCCACCACGCACUGUAUACACUGCCGCAAGAGCCGCAAACGCUGCGCCCGCGAUACCAUGUGUUGCCCGGGGGCCCGCUGCAACAACGGCUUGUGCACUGCCACUGAUGCAACGCAGGUUCACGGUUCAGUCCAAGAGAUCGUAAAGGAGACCUGGGACACCAACGGCAAGCACCCCACUGUGGAAAUACAUCCCCGAAAAGCCACGAUUCCCAGCAGAUCUCUUUCAACCAAAGGUGAAGAUGGCGACAUUUGCCUCCGGUCAUCCGACUGCGCCAUAGGGCUGUGCUGCGCUCGGCAUUUCUGGACCAAGAUCUGCAAGCCGGUACUGCAAGAGGGUCAGGUUUGCACCAAGUCCAAGCGCAAAGGCUCGCACGGCCUGGAGAUCUUCCAGAGAUGUGACUGCUCUGAGGGCUUCACGUGUCGGAUGCAGAAAGCAGGAGCGGCGAGGGGCGGCAAGACCUCCAGACUGCACACCUGCCAGUGACUCCCUCCCUCCCUCCCUCCCUCCAUCCCUCCACCCCUCCCUUCCUUCCUUCCCUCCCUCCCUCCCAUCUCUCAAUGACGACUCAUCCUCGGCAGAAGCCAAACUUCGGUUUUCCCCCAACAGCCGCCAGCCACACUCCCUCUUGCAGGCUUAGAGUGGAAGUGCUCGGGGAAGGGGGCGAAGGGGGG